AUGGCCAAGCCUAUAGAUUUAAGUAAGCCCAAAUGGGACCAGAGUACAUACAUGGGCCGUGUCAAACAUUUUCUAUUGAUCACCAAUCCUUUAAACUGUUUAGCUAGUGAUGAAGACUUGGAUAUGGCUAAAAGGGUGGUUGAGGAGUACAGGAAAACAAAAGUAUUGCCACAUGGUUACGACGAAGAUAAGUUAUGGGCAGCUAAAUACUUGUACGACAGUGCAUUCCACCCAGACACAGGCGAGAAAAUGCUCAGAAUCGGUCGUAUGUCAGCGCAGGCGCCUAUGAACGCUAUAAUCACAGGGUCUCUUCUCAUCCAACCACUGCCAGCCACCCUGCAGAUUUCGUCAGUCCAUCUAGCAAAUUCUAUUCACCCAAAACAAAUUGAGGCGGCUCUAAUGUCAUCAGAAAGUUUAUACUUCGAAGAAGGUUGA